GUCGAAAACAAAUGCGCGCGCAUGUCCAUAUGAUUGUGAUCAAAAGAUAUUAUGAAUAUUGUUGAGUGUCUGCUCAGUAUAACUUUUGACGUCGUUCAGUGCUAUUCGUUUAAAUUUAAACAUUUUCUUUACCUUCUCACCACAUUGCCGAUUGUUUUGGGUGGAAAGAGAAAACAUGAAAUUUCUCGUCAUAUUUGCGCUGUGCCUGGCAGCUGCUUUCGCUGGCGUAGUUCCAGUUUCAGAGGAACCGCCUCCCAAGUUUGUUAAAGAAACUCAAUUGCGUCAAUCAAUCGAAGCGGUUAAAGUGUCUGAUGUUGCAAAGAACAUUCGAAACGGUGCCGAUGUCAAUUUUAAAUAUGAUGACGGUGAAACACCACUCUUGGUGGCUUCAAAAACAGGUAACUUGGAAAUAAUCACGAAUCUCAUUCGAAAUGGAGCAAAUGUGAAUGCUACCGAUAUACAUAUGGCGACGGCACUUCAUAGAGCGACCAAUGAAUGCCAAGAAGCAAUUGUUGAGUAUUUGAUACAGAAUGCGGCCGUAUUUGUGAAUGCCGAAGACGACGAAGGCUACACAGCUUUACAUGUGGCGGCUAGCAAAGGGUGCAAAACUAUUGCCGAAUUUCUGAUUUUGAAUGGCGCCAAUAUUGAUAAGAAGACAAAUAAGAAAGAGUCAUCAAGUCUUCAUAUUUCUGCAGAGAAAGGUACCGACAAAGUAGCUCAAGUAUUGGUUAACUAUAACGCCAAUGUAAAUAUUAAAAAUAAACUUGGCAUGAUUCCGCUGCAAGUGGCUGUUGAAUUUGAUAAUGAAAAAGUCGUUGAUUUACUUCUUGCUGGUUCUAACAUCAAUUCCGAUGCAAACGGUCAAUGGAAGGUUCUUCAUUUCGCAGCACAAAAUACAAGUAGUGAACGUAUUACUGAGAAACUGAUUCAAAGUGGUGCUACGGUUGACCCAAAAAAUAUAGAUGGAGACACACCACUCUCAUUGGCAGCAAGAUAUGGUAAAGAAAAAGUUGCUGAGAUGUUGAUCAAGCACAGAGCCAACGUGAAUAGCCAGAAUGUUAAAAAGCAAUCACCGUUACAUAUGGCCGUUUUGUUCAAUCAAAAGAAAUUGGUGGAAAUUUUAAUUGCAAACGGCGUGAAUGUGAAUGCUCAGGACGAAAAUUUAAUGUCGCCCCUACAUGGUGCGGCUCAAGAAGACCUCGAUCAAAUUGCCCAAAUUCUUAUUCAAGCUGGGGCAAAUAUUAAUUUGAAAAAUUCAAACGGAUGUACACCGUUAUGUACAGCGAUACAAACGUCUGUUGCUCUUGGAAAAGAAAAGGUCGCCGAACUUCUGAUUCGCAAUGGAACGGAUGUGAAUAGCAAAGAAAAGGAAGAGUGGACACCACUCCAUUUGGUUGCUCAAACUGGUGGUGAAAAAAUCGCUGAACUCCUCAUAGCCCACCAUGCCACUGUGGAUGCAAAAAAUAAAGAGGGAAAUAGUCCUCUGGCCAUAUGCGCACAUUACGGUCAAGACAAAGUUGCUCGUGUUUUAAUCAAUUCGAAUGCCAAUGUAAAUAUCAAAAAUAAUAAACAAUACACGCCCCUCCACGUGGCCGCUAUCAGUGGUCAAGAUAAAAUAGCUGAACUCCUUCUUCACUCUGGAGCUGAUAUUGAUGCCUUAGACGACGAUAGAUGGACUCCGCUCAUGGUCGCUGCGCUUGUUGGUCAAAGCAAAACUGUUGAAUUUCUCAUUCGGAAUAAUGCAAAUGUGAAUCUUCAAAAUAAGCACGGCAAUACGGCAAUUUUAUGCGCAAUUGACAGAGGUCACUUGAAAGCCGUGGAAAUUUUGUUGCCAACAUCCAAUGUAAAUAUCAAGAAUAAAGCCAAUUUGACACCAUUCUGCAAAGCACAAAAAAUGGGUCACACAAGUAUCGUUGAAUAUCUGCGUACACACGGUGGAUCAACCGCAUGCGAACCAGUUACUGAGGUGAGAUCGAGUGCAAUGACACUUGCAAAGAAACGUGUAUUACCAAGCAGUCGCCGUCAAUAAAUGUUCGAUGGAAGAUAUACCUCGCACCAAUUGAAAUGAAAAGAACUUAUUGAAAACUAGUCAAAUGUCUACUUUUUUUAAUUACUUAAUUAAUUUUAAUGAUAACAUAGUUGUUUCAUUCUGAUUGUGCUUGAAAUUUAUUAUUACGAAGCACAUUAGAUGGAAAAAAAUUAUUAUUUGAAAUAAAAAGCAUUUUUAUCGAUUUUUUUCGUAUUCAA